AGUACUGAUAAUUCCGCUACUUGACGCUAGAUGUCGACUACGAAAAUAAUAGUCUUUUUGUGAACAAAACUGAUGUAUGGAGUGAGCACUCUAUGUCUACUUAAUUAUCUUUGGCAGCUGUAGACAUGAAACUAGACACGAUACUAAAGAAGGUGCAGUCCCACGAGUCGAUACGGUCCCCGCCGCUCGCCGAGCCCCUCGCUCUGAAGAAGCUGCUGAGAAAAAAGCCACAUGACAAAUUUGCACACGUCCGCUGCAAAGUGGACACGACGGCGCCGUUGCUGCGGCUCGCACCACCGCUGGCGGUGCGCAGCACGGCGGCCGCACUGCGGCUACAGCAGGAAAACAUGAUGCUGUUGCGGUUUAUAAGGAACAACCACUUCACCCGGGGUCGCGUGGACAGCCGCUGGCGCGUCCUGCCGGCCGGUAACCGUCAGUACCACGCAGCCAGGGUCGACUUCAGCAAGAGGACGCACGCGGAGAACAAACGCUUGUACAAGAUAUUUACCACUGCGCCCCCGCGGCUGACGCCGACGGCGGAGCUAGAGGAGUGGUGGUCGCGGGUGACACGCGAGCGCGAGCGGCGCGGCGGGUGGCUGCUCGCGCCGCGUGCGCCGCCGCUCGACCCCGCCUUCCACGCGCCAGAGGGCGUCACGAGACCGAGGGUGUCGCUAUCGCUGCGUAUCCGCGGCGGCGCGGCGCUGGGCGAGCUGAAGCUGGAGCUGUUCUCGGAGGCGUGCGCGCGCACGGCGGCCAUCUUUAUUGCGCUGCUGCCCGCCUACGUCGGCUCAGCCUUCCACAGGGCGAUCGAGCACUUCUACCGCGGUGAAGCGGGAGCAGCACGCUACAAGCUGGUGCGCGUCUGCGACUCUUCCACCCUGCACGACUUCCUGACCCUGGCGCAGCAGCAGCUGCAGCCCCAGGAGGAGCUGCUGCUGGUGGAGCUGCGCGUGCCGAUGGCGGGCGCGCUGGACCUGGGCGCGGUGCGCGCGCCGGCGCCGGCCGCCGUGGCCGCCGCCACCGCCGCGCUGCCGCCGCCGCGCCACCUGCCCCGCCAGCCCAACCUGCAGGCUCUGCUCUCCACCAACGAGCUGUCUCACGAGCUCAGGAAGAUCCUGAUUAGCCUCGUGGAGGCAGGCGCUCGGCUGGCGGCGGCCGGGCCACACUACGAGAGGGCCCUGGAGCAACUGCGGGCAGCAUUGCAGCCCCCGCGCCCUGCUACACGAUCCGUCGUCGAGGUGAUCACGCCGGAGGAGAUCGCUCGCCGCAUGGCGGAGCAGCAGGAGCAGCCGCGCACACCGCCGCCCGCGGCCGGCGGCGACGCCUACCGCCGCGCACUACUUCUACAGAGGUUUCUGGAGGAGUUCCGCGCUUGGCGGCUGUCGUGCGCACCGCCCUGGGGCGCGGAGGCGCUGGCGGCGCUGCGCGAGCUGGGCUGGGCGGGCGCGGCGGCCGAGCAGGCGCUGCGAGCCACCGGCGGAGCCCCGCCCGCCGCCGCCGCCUGGCUGCUGGGCGAGCGCGGCGCCAGCGUGUGCGAGCUGGUGGACGGGCUGCCCGACGGCGCCGUGCUGCAAGCGCUGCUGAAGCAGCCGCAGAUCCAACGCGGCCUGCUGAACACGCGCAUGCUGGUCGCCUUCAUCGGCAUGGUGGGCCCGGCCAACAGCGCGGCGCUCUGGCUCUCCUCCCCCCGCGGCUCCCCCCUCCUGUCACAAAUCUCGCGCACCUACCACUCCGAGAAGUACUGUCUCGCCGUCAACCAGUUCAGCGAGGAACACAACACUCACAACACCCGACCGUGUACUUCGAGACAACGAUAAAUUUUCUUCAUAGUUCGUCUACUCGCUAACGGAGGGCGCUUUAAUCAAAAAUUAAUUACAAGUUCUUAUACUGCAAAUUUGUUCUACAAUCAUGCGGAAACUGGGGCUUAAUAUUAAUUUAUAGCUAUAAUUAAUAUAUGAUUUAAUUGGUAUGUCUUUCUUUUGAAUCUUAGCUCAAUAAAAUGUUUAUUACCUUU